AGACUUGUUAGUUGGGGUAUUUGGUUUGUGGGAGCCUACAGAGCGCCCAGGCUUGCGCAACUCUGAAAUAAAUAAUCAGUGUUUGUUUCUCUCGUCAGUAUCGGCUCGUUUUGCGGACAACUCUCGUUUCACCUGUGUAAAAACCCAACCAGCGAAAUGCGGCACGGACGCGUUUAGCGCUCUCUUGUCCCUUCGCAGGCGCCGUAGCGGGGGCGGUGCCGGGCGGUUCCGGGAGGGCCGGAGCGGAGCGGGCGCGAUGUUGGUGCUGGUGCUGGGUGACCUCCACAUCCCCCAUCGCUGCAACAGCCUCCCGGCCAAGUUCAAGAAGCUGCUGGUGCCUGGCAAGAUCCAACACAUCCUGUGCACAGGGAACCUCUGCACCAAGGACACCUAUGACUACCUCAAGACCCUGGCUGGGGAUGUUCAUGUUGUCAGAGGGGACUUUGAUGAGAACCUGAAUUAUCCUGAGCAGAAAGUUGUGACUGUUGGACAGUUCAAAAUUGGGCUGAUUCAUGGCCAUCAGGUGAUCCCCUGGGGUGACAUGGCCAGCCUGGCACUGCUCCAGAGGCAGUUUGAUGUGGACAUCCUCAUUUCAGGGCACACACACAAAUUUGAGGCAUUUGAACAUGAAAAUAAAUUCUAUAUCAACCCAGGGUCAGCUACAGGAGCCUACCAUGCCUUAGAGAACAACAUCAUUCCUUCAUUUGUGCUGAUGGACAUCCAGGCUUCUACAGUAGUUACAUAUGUCUAUCAACUAAUUGGAGAUGAUGUGAAGGUAGAAAGAAUUGAGUACAAGAAAUCCUAAAAAAUGUUUUUGCUUGUCUGGUAUUUUUACCAUCUCCUUCUGAACUGCAAGUUCCAAAACUUGCUUGCUCGUUUACAGCCCUGCACUGUCUCUAACAGCUCAACAAUGUAACUUCUUAUCAUGAAUUUAAACAACCUUGUGUUUGCUUUUCUCUGUAUGAUUUGUAAAAUAUUCCAUUAAGAUAACUGUCUAAGUACUGUUCCUUAAUGUAAUAAACUCAACUUCAUAGAAAA